AUGAACGGAUCAAGUUGCAGUGCCAGCCUGGGAGGGGCCAAUCUGACAGAUACACACAAAGCCCUCAUCCUGCAACUCACUGCCAGUGAGAACUGCACCUGGACAAUAGAAAGACCAGAAAACAAGAGCAUCAGAAUUAUCUUCUCCCACAUCCAGCUGGAUCCAGAGGGAACAUGUGAGAGUGAAAACAUUAAAGUCUUUGAUGGAAGCUCUACCAAUGGGCCUCUGCAAGGGGAAAUCUGCAGUAAAAAUGACUUUGUUCCUGUCUUUGAGUCAUCAUCCAAUACACUGACAUUUCAAAUCAUCACAGACUCUGAAAGUAUCCAAAGAAGUGUCUUUAUCUUCUAUUACUACUUCUCUUCUGGCACCUCAAUUCCAAACUGUGGUGGUUACCUGAACACUUUGGAAGGAUCCUUUACCAGUCCCAAUUAUCCACAGCCACAUCCUGAGCUGGCUUAUUGUGUGUGGCAUAUACAAGUGGAAAAUGGUUACAAGAUAAGAUUAAACUUCAAAGAGAUCUUCCUAGAAAUAGAUGACCACUGCAGAUUUGACUUUAUUGCCAUCUAUGACGGCUCCUCUACCAAGACCGGCCUGAUGGGACAAGUCUGUGGCCGUGUGACACCCACCUUUGAAUCUUCUUCAGACUCCUUGACUGUCGUGUUAUCUACAGAUUAUGCCAAUUCCUACCGGGGCUUUUCUGCUUCCUAUACUUCAAUUUAUGCAGAAAACAUCAAUACUACAUCUUUAAUUUGUGGCUCUGACAAGAUGAGAGUUAUCAUAAGCCAAUCCUAUCUAGAGUCAUUUAACUAUAAUGAGGAUAACUUACAACUAAAUGACCCGACUUGUAGACCGACAGUAUCAGAUGUUGUGGAAUUUGCUAUCCCUCUGGAUGAAUGUGGGACAAUCAAAGAGGUAGAAGACCUUUCAAUUACUUACACCAACAUAAUAACCUUUAUUGCAUCUCCGACUUCUGCGGUGAUCACCCGUCAGAAACAUCUCCAGAUUGUUGUGAAGUGUGAAAUGGAAUAUAAUUCCACUGUGGAGAUAAUGUAUAUAACAGAAGAUGAUGUCAUACAAAAUCAAAAUGUGCUGGGCAAAUACAACACAAGCAUGGCUCUUUUUGAGUCCAGUUCGUUUGAAAACCCUAUAUUGGAGUCACCAUAUUAUGUGGAUUUGAACCAAACUCUGUUUGUUCAAGUCAGCCUGCAUACCUCAGAUCCAGACUUGGUGGUGUAUCUCGAUGCCUGUAUAGCCUCUCCCACACCUGACUUUGCUUCUCCAACAUACGACUUAAUCAAGGGUGGAUGUAGUCGAGAUGAGACUUGUAAGGUGCAUCCCUUAUUUGGACACUAUGGAAGGUUCCAGUUUAAUACUUUUAAAUUCUUGAGAAGUCUGAAUUCUGUGUAUCUGCAGUGUAAGAUUUUGAUAUGUGAUAGCGGUGACCAACAGUCUCGCUGUAAUCAAGGCUGCGUCACUAGAAAGAAACGAGGUAUUUCUUCAUACAAGUGGAAGACUGAUUCUAUCAUAGGACCCAUUCGCCUGAAAAGGAAUCGCAGUGCAAAUGGAAAUUUAGUUAUAGGACUUCUGCAUCAGACACCUGCAGAAGAAACUCAGAGCCAGCCUUUCAAUAGUCUACAUCUGUUUUCACUCAUGGUCCUUGCUCUGAAUGCAGUGAUUGUGACCACAAUCGCAGUGAGGCAUUUUGCAAAUCAACUGUCAGGCUACAAAUACCAGAAGCUGCAGGGCUAUUAACUAAUUGAUGGAGCCCUAAGCAAGACACAUUCUCCCAGAUGCUGAAGGAAAUGGUACCUCAUGGCUACCCAGGAUAUGAAUAAAAUAAGAAGGCCCUGAAAAAUGAUACACAGACUUUUAUGUCACUAUGUCAGUGUAUUUCAUUAAAAGAUGACUGAAUUGAGCAAAUAUUAUGUCCAUUAACUCUCAUUUUAGGAACUGAAGUCAUUACAUAAAUUACAAGCAUCUCUUUUUGUAAACACGAAACAUCUUAACCAAACACCAG